AUGUACACCCGGAAGGUGAAGAAGCUCUUCCAAACCAUGGACGAAGAGGGCGACGGAGCACUUAGCCUGGAGGAGUUUACGAAGCUCGCUGCAUCGCCGAAGCUCAAGUUUUGGAUGAGCCAGUUAGAGCUGGAGUACCACGAUCUCCUGUCGCUUUUCGAGUUUUUGGACAACGGCGAUGGGCAAAUUACGCCUUCCGAGUUUAUCGAGGGAGCGGCUCGGUUGCGUGGGAGCGCGAAAGCCGUGGACAUCUGGCGACUGGAAACGAAGAUGGAAGUCCUUUUCGGAGAGGUCCUGAAGUAUGUUGGCGGCGACGAGGAGGACCAGCCGCAGCUCACUGAGUCUGAAAAGGUGCAGAGAGUCUUUGCCGCCUCCAAGUAUCAGCACAUUCAUUCCAUCUCCGUGUCACGAAACAGCGCGAAAAAUGGUGACAGUGCAGCAAUGGAAGACGAGUGA